AACAAGUUAGCUAUAAUGGGAAGAAAUCGCACCAAUUCAAUAAGUCAUCGUGAAUCUGCAGCUUACACUGCAACUAAGUGUAACGAUACAAAAUCGAUCGAAAUUUUACGCGAUUUUUGGAGAGAAGAAGUUGUUUUCCCAAUCGAUAAUCGUGGUGACACGAUUCUCCAUUUUAUCGCCAUUCAUGGAAAUGUGAGUGCGCUAAAAUUACUUAUCGAGGAACGACCAAUAAGUGGUCAAGAUUUAAAGAUUCAAAAUAAAGAUGGAAAUACAGCUUUGCACGAAGCUGCUAGGUUUGGACGAUUAGAAAUUGUGAAGGUGAUGGUGAGUUUGGAUAGCGAAAUUUUAUUCGAGAGGAAUAGUAAGGGAGAGACACCAAUUUAUGUUGCAGCUGCGCAUGGAGAAAAAGAAGUGUUUACUUUUCUAGCUGAUAAUAAUUUGUGUGAUGAAUUUACUAUGACGAGGAACGAUGGAAGCAACGUACUUCAUGCAGCCGUAGCUCACGAGUGUUACUACUUUGCAAUACAAUUAUUGAAAAUGUAUCCAGAAUUAGCAAGAAAACAGGACAAAAAGGGUUGGAGUGCAUUAAAUGUAUUGGCCACAAAGCAUUUGUCUUUUAAGAGUGGAUCAAUUUAUGCACUCCAACAAAUGGGGACUGCCCCUUUUCUUCCUAUGCAAGCCCUUGAAACCUUUAUAUAUUUCUGCAUACCAGCAAUGUAUGAAGAGUCAAAACCUAAUUACAACUUGGAGGAUCCAGAGACUACUACUAUUGAUCAUGUUCUCAUUAAAAGAAAAAGAUCUUCAUUUGUUAAUUUCCUAUUAGGUAAUGCAUGGUUGGGAGUAAUGGAUGAUGAAAAGCAAAAGCAUAUUCUUGCAUUAACAUUAGCAAGAAUAUUGAUUAAGGAGGAAGAUUGGAAUUUCUAUGCAAAUAAUUGUGUAGAAAAUCCACUAAUACAAGCAACAAAACUUGGUAUAAAUGAGUUAAUCAUUGAAAUUAUACAAAAUUACCCUCAAACAAUAGAAACCAUAGAUGAAGAGGGAAAAAAUAUACUACAUAUUGUAGUAGAACAAAAAAAUAGGCUCAUAUUUGAUUACAUUAUGAAAAAUGUAUCACACAUAGAUAGGUUGCUUGUUGAUAUUGAUCAUCAUGGAAAGACCAUAUUGCAUUUUGCAGCAAGUGUUGGAUCACCAUUCAAAUUUUCCACAGAGGAACCACCAAUUGAAAAAACAAGGGGUUAUAAAACAUUGAUACUCAUGGCAUGGGGUGUACUAUGGUUUAAGCGUGUAAAAUAUUGUGUUCAUCCACGUUUAUGGACAAUGAAGGAUGAUAAAAACAUGACUCCAAAAGAGCUAUUUGAUCAAAAUCAUUCAAAUGUAUGCAUAGAAGCAGAGAAAUCAAUCAAAGAUUUAGCAAAUCCAGCUCUCAUUCUAUCAACACUUCUAUGCACAAUCAACUUCGCCGCGGUUUUUACAAUCCCAGGAGGCUUUGAUGACAAAUCUGGACUACCUAUUCUCUUAUCAAAACCACAAUAUUCAGAGUUAUGGAUGUUGAUGUUUUUCAUAGGUGCAGCACUUUAUGAUUCAGUCUUCACAAUGGGAACUGUGUUAUCAGUACUACUCUCAAAAUUUGAUUCUGAUGAUUUCUGCAUUGCUUUGCCAAUCAAGUAUUGCACAAUCAUUAUUUCUGUUUAUUAUUCAACAGCAUUCACAGUUUUAGGUUGUGUACAAGCUCUUAAUGUUGAGAAUAUAUUUAUGGACAAAGAUGUGUGGUGGUUAGUUUUUCUUUUAAUGUGUCUUGGGUGGUAUAUGGGUUUAAUAGUUUUAGAUGUAUGUUAUAUUGUCUUUGAUUAUGUCUACUAUUUCCUUCAUUAUUCCUUUCUUUUUAAAGGGAACAAAUAUGUAAUGUAAAAAAGGUGUAGUUUGCAAGAUGUGUUGCAUUUUUAUCUAUGUAUUUUGUUGGAAUUAAU